AUGUCUGGCCUCGAAAUCGUGGCUCUCGUGCCCAGCAUCAUAUCCGCGUGGUGUGCUAUUGCUGUGGAGUAUAGAUCAUGGCGCAAACGUAGGGCGCAGCGAGCGAGCCAACAAAAGAACACUAUAUUACAAAAUCAUUUAACAAGUAUUGCUCCGAUAUUAAACAACCAGUUCCAGGAGCACUUCCGGCGAGGAGGUGGCGCGUUUAAACGGGGAGACGAGAUAGGAAUAUCCGCUUUGAAAGAUCAGUUAAUACAUGCUCAGAAGAUAGAAAUCGACCUCUUGAAAAGCCAAAGAGACAACCCUGGCGAUGUAAUUCAUCCCAAUCAUGAUUCUAUCUUUGCUGGGUCUCAAAUAAACAGCUCCGGAGCUAUGGUAUUGUACGACGGAGCAACUGGUUCUCCUGGAAAUCCACCAAUCCUCAUGGACAGAAAGCGGCUCCGGGUAGAUGCCUAUGGAGUUGCCAACUUCAAGAGCCGCACGACUUCCGGUGGCCCCUGCCAGUCUGGCUGUUACAAGAUAAUAUGCAACUAUGAAAUGACCGAAGUGCAUGUUCGAGGCAUUUUUAUGGAUGGUUCUGUCACAUCGGCUACCUUCAACGGUGUCAUGUAUGCUGUAGCCCUUUCCCUUCUGCCAUUGCUCCGCUGCUCCGGUGGUUACCGCUUGCUGACCGUAAUUAUUUCGACUUUGUAGGCCAUACCCGAAUUCUCGCAUAUUUUCGUACAUCCCGGGCACCGCAAAUACACCUGUACUUAAGGGAUUUCAAGGUUGUUUUACGGUUUAUCCAGAGGCAGGCAAUGUUGUCGCAUUUGAGCUGUGGUGGAUGGGGGGAUAAUGUUCCAUGUUGCGUGUUACAUCUCAAUCAAUGCCAUUUGAGAAGAUUGUAUCGAAA